AUGGAAUCAUUGUUCAAGACUGUUCAAAAAAUUGAUGAGAAUUCCACGACAGCUGUAUACCGAGCAGUGCGUAAUGAAAACCAAGAAAAAGUUAUCCUUAAGGUGUUUAACAAGCAAACAAUGACACCGGAUUUAUUGACUUUUCGCUUAGAUGACAAGACGGGAAAUGAUGUUGCAGUUCCAAACGAACUUGUGUAUCUCGAAAGGCUUCAACAUAUUCACAAUUGUGUUCGAAUGAUAGAAUUUAUAAAUGACGAAGAAAAUGAUAAGUGGGUUAUAGUACUCGAAGAUCUUGAAGCACAUGGAUAUGAAAAUCUGGCACAUCAGCUUAGUCGUUCUCACAGCGUAUUGGAUGAAAGGACAGUUGCAUGGAUUUUGAGAGAAUUAAUUUUGACUAUUAUGGAAAUUCAUAAAUGUAAUAUAGUUCACUGUGACUUGAAACCGGAUAAUAUAUUUUUUGAUAAGAGGAACUUCCGUCUGAAGUUGAUUGAUUUUAACCUCGCUUCAGAAAUCAAACCUACGAACAAGAAAGUUGGUCCUCCUGGCUGUACCCCUGAUUAUGCUCCACCCGAAGUUCUUAUUAAGAGACAACCUUGGACUCCUGCAGCUGAAGUAUGGUCUAUUGGCUGUACUGCAUUUGUUUUAUUAUGUCGACGUUUUCCUUUUAAAAACCCAUGGAUGUGCGAUUCCUCUAUUCCUGAUUAUCCUCAAUCUACCCACAGAUCACAACUAGAUGUUCAUACGAGUCUUUACUAUUCAUCCAACAUACAUGAAAAGUUCGGAAGCAGAGCAUCGAAAUUAGAUAGUAACUCAGUCAUAUUGUCAAAUAAGGCGAAAGACUUUCUACUUAUAUGUUUGUGUCGUUCUCCUCAUCGACGAGCUUCAAUUGAUGCGUUGUUGAAACAUCCAUUUCUAGCUAAAAUUAAUCGCAUACAUGAUGAGCACCCGUCUAGUGUACCUCCUACGGCUUCAAGAACAAUUAUGGUUUCAUAA